CUGGGUUAUAGCAGGUUCCUGUUGCAUGGUUUGUUGUGAUUCUCUGGAGAGCAGAGUCCAGUGGGCACAGCCAGGGUAGUGUAGGGGCAGAGGAGGCUGCUGGGUUUGCUGCUGUGUAGAGACCUAGGGGUAUCUACACAUUGCAGUUUUUUUCUACAAAAAACUGGGCAAUGAACCCCCUCUGAGCUGCUCUGAAAUUAGGGACAGUCACCAAACUGCUCUCAGCUGUCUCUGCAGAAGGAGGAGGGUCCCUCCAUGUCCUUGAUGUUGCCCCGCUUUGAUGGGGCUGCAGGCAAGGGACGUGGAGGCUUGUGCUCCAUCAACCCACGUUUUUUCCUGUGGUGGUUGCAGCUCUGCCGCGGGACCCUGCUAAUCAUCACUUGUGAUGGGGUAGCUACAGCGAAGGAUGCCUGAGGUAUUGGGAAGGAUUCAGCCCAUGAGGCUUACUGGCAGCAUGCGCCAUUUAGGAGAUGUUUUAGCCCUGAUGAGCUGUUGCUGACUGACACCGUGUCUGUAUCGCUUGACUGAGACACUGCUGGUCUGAUGCAGCGAGGCUGCUUAAUUGGAGCUUUUAACGUGCUGCAGAGCUGGUGUGUGAAGGGGUUCAUUGUGAGGACCAGGCAGGGCCGGAGGACACUUAGGACCCAGGGGAAGCAUCAGAGAGCUUGGCUGGCUGGGCUUGAAGGAGUUCCUGCCUCCCGCAGGACUUCUCAGGUGUCCUGGUGCGGGGCGGUGCUGUUGCGAGGUAAGCUCAGCCCUCCUGGCAGCUCCCCCUGCCCCAUGUCCAUGCCCAUCCUCUGAGCCCCCCUGGGCACCCACUCCCCCAUGCGCUCGCCCGGGGACAGCUUUGCACCAUGAACGACCAGUACCACCGAGCAGCCCGGGAUGGCUACCUGGAUCUCCUGAAGGAAGCCACCAAGAAGGACCUGAACUCACCGGAUGAGGAUGGCAUGACCCCAACCCUAUGGGCCGCUUACCACGGCAACCUGGACGCCCUGCGCCUGAUUGUCAGCAGAGGGGGGGAUCCAGACAAAUGUGACAUCUGGGGAAACACCCCUCUCCACCUGGCAGCAGCCAAUGGUCACCUGAACUGCCUUUCCUUCCUCAUCUCUUUUGGGGCCAACAUCUGGUGCCUGGACAACGACUACCACACCCCGCUAGACAUGGCAGCCAUGAAAGGACACAUGGAGUGCGUGCGUUACCUGGACUCCAUUGCUGCCAAGCAGAGCAGCCUCAACCCCAAGCUGGUGAGCAAACUGAAGGACAAAGCCUUCCGGGACGCAGAGCGGAGGAUUAAGGACUGUGUGAAGCUGCAGAAGAAGCACCACGAAAGGAUGGAGAAACGGUACAAAAAGGAAAUGUCAGAUAAUUCAGACACCAUGAGCUUCUCUAGCUAUUCGAGUAGCACUUUAAGCAAGAAGUUCCAACACAUGUCUAUGGUGACUUCCCUGCCAUAUUCACAAGCCACUCUGCAUGGUACAGCCAAGGGAAAGACAAAAAUACAGAAGAAGCUAGAGAAGAAGAAGCAGGUGGAUGGGACGUUCAAAAUAUAUGAGGAUGGGAGGAAAAGCGUACGGUCUCUGUCCGGCCUGCAGCUAGGGAAUGAUGUCAUGUUUGUGAAACAGGGCACAUACGCCAGCCCCAAGGAGUGGACUCGACGUAAUAUCAGAGACAUGUUCCUCACAGACGAAGAUACUGUCUCCCGUGCCAUAAGUGAUCCGGGUUUGCACAUGGACUCAGCCCACUCGGAAGUCAGCACCGACUCUGGCCACGACUCCUUGUUCAACCGCCCCGGGCUGGGCACUAUGGUGUUCCGGCGCAACUACGUCAGCAGCGGGCUCUUUGGGAUCGGCCGGGAGGACACUGGCACACUGGGAGAAGGCAAUGCUGAUGGGGUAGGUGUCAAACUGCGGAGCCGCCUGCAGCGCUCGCCAAGUCUCAACGAUAGCAUUGGCAGUGCCAACAGCCUGCAGGAGAGGAACGCAGAGGAGCUACCCUGGGAUGAGGUGGAGCUGGGCUUAGAUGAUGACGAUGAACCAGACACCAGCCCCUUGGAGACUUUCCUGGCUUCCCUGCACAUGUUUGAGUUCAUCUCCAUCUUGAAGAAGGAAAAGAUCGACUUGGAGGCCCUCAUGCUAUGUUCAGACAAUGACCUGAAGAGCAUCAAUAUCCCCUUGGGCCCCAGGAAAAAGAUUGUGGAUGCCAUCCAGAGGAGACGUCAGACUUUGGAGAGGCCAGAUGUCAUUGUAGACACUGAACUAUAGCAGCAGCCUUUGUUUUCCCAUGAACAAGAAACAAAACCAGUUCUAAUUUGCCAGAAAACACAAGCCAGAGACUCUCUUCCUGGGGCAGCUGGAUGCUACAGCCGUCCCCUUCAGUCCCUCUGAACUGCCCUCCUGCUCCCUCACUCUGCUCCCUGGCUGUGCAAUGCUCCCAGGCAGUACCUGAUACUGAGGGGCAGUUGCUGAGCUCAGACCAGGCAGCUUCAUCCUGCCUGCCUGAUGGGACAACAGUCGCCUGCUCGCUGGAGGAACAUGAAUGUACUAUGCAGCCGGCUAGGAAACUGUGUAGUCACAGGUUGAGAAACCAUGCAAAGCCAUGAGAGGAAGGAGUUACAUGAUGAUAGUUUCAAAGGGACCCAAAAUAAAUAAU